AUGGCUGGGCGCGGCGACAUGGACCCGCCUGCCACUUUCUCGGGCUUCCCGGCCCUGCCCUCCGUCGCGCCGUCGGGGCCGCCGCCGUCGCCACUCGCGGGAGGCGAGCCGGGGCGGGAGCCGGAGGAGGCGGCGGCGGGCCGCGGGGAGGCGGACUGCACGCCCGCGCCGGGACCCGGGCGGCGGCGGCGGCGGCCCCUGCAGCGCGGGAAGCCGCCCUACUCGUACAUCGCGCUCAUCGCCAUGGCGCUGGCGCACGCCCCGGGCCGCCGCCUCACGCUGGCCGCCAUCUACCGCUUCAUCACCGAGCGCUUCGCCUUCUACCGCGACAGCCCGCGCAAGUGGCAGAACAGCAUCCGCCACAACCUCACGCUCAACGACUGCUUCGUCAAGGUGCCCCGCGAGCCGGGCAACCCGGGCAAGGGCAACUACUGGACGCUCGACCCCGCGGCCGCCGACAUGUUCGACAACGGCAGCUUCCUGCGGCGCCGCAAGCGCUUCAAGCGCGCCGAGCUGCCCGCACACCCGGCCGCGCCGCCGGGGCCCGCGCUCCCCUUCCCCUACGCGCCCUACGCGCCCGCGCCCGGCCCGCUGCUCGCGCCGCCGCCCCCGCCGCCGGCGGCGCCGCCCGCCCUCUUCAGCGUCGACAGCCUGGUGAGCCUGCAGCCCGAGCUGGCGGCUGCGCCCCCGAGCCGCCGUGCUGCGCCCGCCGGACGCGCCUUCGCGCCCUGCGGCGCCGCCGCCUCCCCGCCGCUCUACGCGCAGGCCCCGGAGCGCCUGGGGCUGCCCGCGACGCGCCCCGGCCCCGGCCCGCUGCCAGCCGAGCCCCUCCUGGCCCUGGGCGGGCCGGCAGCUGCGCUCGGCCCGCUCAGCCCCGGGGAGGCCUACCUGAGGCAGCCCGGCUUCGCGCCGGGGCUGGAGCGCUACCUGUGA